UGAACGACGAGACAAGUGAAGUAAACCUGGAAUGUAGUUCACACGUCUCAGCUGCAGUUGGCUGUCUGUCGUGUUGGUUGGAGGUCACAUAGGGUGUUGGUGGAAAUAACGGUGAAGAAAAUGAGUCCUAAACGAGUAUUUGUCGUUGGUGUCGGCAUGACAAAGUUUGAGAAACCAGGAAGAAGGGAAGAUUUCGAUUAUCCCCAGAUGGCCAAGGAGGCUGUCACUAAAGCUUUGGAUGAUGCCAGACUGCGUGUAGAGGAUAUUAAUCAAGCUUGUGUUGGAUAUGUGUAUGGCGACUCAACUUGUGGCCAGCGAGCCCUGUAUGAGGUGGGAAUGACGGGAAUGCCUGUCUACAACGUGAAUAACAACUGCUCGACAGGAUCCACUGCUUUGCUUCUAGCCAAACAAAUUGUAGAGGCGGGAUCUGGCGAGUGUGUCUUAGCUCUUGGUUUUGAAAAGAUGGAACGUGGUUCUCUGAGCUCCAAGUUUUUCGAUCGCACUAAUCCAAUGGACAAACACGUUGAAGUCAUGGCAGACAUCGCUGGGAUGGAUGGUAGCCCUAUUACAGCCCAACUUUUUGGAAAUGCUGGCAAAGAACACAUGGCAAAGUAUGGCACUAAACCUGAGCACUUUGCUAAAAUUGCUUACAAAAACCACAAGCACUCUGUCAACAACCCCUACUCCCAGUUCCAAGAUGCAUACACACUGGAUCAGAUAAUGCAGUCUCCUCAAAUUUUUGGUCCACUGACAAAAUUGCAGUGCUGCCCAACUUCUGAUGGUGCUGCUGCAGCAAUUCUUUGCUCAGAAGAUUUUGUCCAUCGUCAUGGUCUAGAAGCACAAGCUGUUGAGAUUGUGGGAAUGGAAAUGUCAACAGAUCUUCCCUCAACUUUCAAAGACAAUAGCUGUAUGAAGAUAGUUGGAUAUGACAUGACAAAGAAUGCAGCUGACCGUCUUUUUGUGAAAACCAACCUGAAGCCUCAAGAUGUUGAUGUUGUUGAACUUCAUGACUGCUUCUCAGCCAAUGAACUUAUCACCUAUGAAGCUCUUGGUCUAUGUCCACCUGGCAAGGCUGGGGAACUAAUUGAUGCUGGUGGUAAUACUUAUGGGGGCAAAUUUGUAGUGAAUCCCAGUGGUGGUCUUAUAUCAAAGGGCCAUCCUCUUGGAGCCACAGGAAUUGCUCAGUGCUCUGAACUAUGCUGGCAGGUGCGAGGCCUGGCUGAAAAGAGACAGGUGCCUGGUGCUAAACUAGGUCUACAGCACAACAUUGGUCUUGGUGGAGCUGUCAUUGUCGCUUUGUAUAGAUUGGGAUUCCCUCACUAUGCCAGGUCUGCUGUGGGUCUCAACACUGUUUCAGCUAGUGCUAACCCCGAUGAUUUUAAAGCAUCAAUCCUCUUCAAAGCUUUGGAGUUGGCUAUGGCAGAUGACAAAGAUAACCUUAUUGAGAAAUUCCGUGGUACUUAUGGAUUUAAGGUGAAGAAUGGUCCGGGUGGAGCUGAAGGCUUCUGGCUGAUCAACGCCAAAACUGGGAAGGGCAGUGUUGACUUCAACAGCAAAGCCAAAGCAGAUGUGACAUUCAUAAUGGAUGACAAAGAUGUUCCUGACCUAAUCACUGGAAAGUUGAAUCCCCAGAAAGCCUUUUUCCAGGGCAAAAUUAAAAUACAGGGCAACAUGGGACUUGCAAUGAAACUAACAGAGUUACAGAAGAAGGCUGCCUCUCGGAUUGACGAGUUCAGGUCAAAGCUGUAAAGACUGACCAGAUCAGUCACUGCUUCUCAGUUUGAGUGGAUUAAUCUAUCUGCACUCAUUUUGAUAAUGGUCAUAAUAUUGCUCAAACAGGUGUCAUGUAAAUUUGUUGAGAUAAUGAAUUUUCUAUUUUUAGAGGGGGUUGGGUUUAUGUGGGAUCAGUGUAUAAAAAUUAUACCAAUACUUUAUGUGAGACUCCAUUUGAGGAAUCUAAACCUGCUUAUAGGGUGCUAUUUUUUACAUUUUUAAUUUUACAUACAUAUCACAUUCCAAUUUGUCAAUUUUCUGCAGUUCAUCAUCAUUUAUGUAAACUUCAUUUUUGUCUUUUUGCAUUUAUGUGAACUUUUUAGAUGUUUCAUUUAGAUGUUUUAUUCCACUUCCUGUAAAUUUUAAGGUGGAGAUUGGACUCUGAUCUCUUGUCCAUCUUAGAAAUCAUCAUUUUAGUGCGACUUUGAACUCAGUAUUACUCAUGCUGUUGCUCGUACUUGCUGGUUAAACUCAACCAAAAGUUACCAUAAUGUGCUUAAACGUCUUGACUGCUUUUAAACUUUACAUGAAGUGUUGUUUCAAAGAAGCUCGAAUGCAGAAAUGGCUGUCUUGCCAGUUUUGUUGUUUAGCUAAUGUGAUAUUUCUUAAGAUCAACAAUUAUAUUUUAUUGUUGCACCUACAUGCCAACAGUAUCCUACUUGUGGGGUAGUAUUUUACUCUUUACUUGUAAUUUUGGAAAAUAAACUUUUAUAUUUGUUAAUAUAUA